UGCGAACCUCACAUUCGAUUCCGAGUCACCCUUCCCUACCUCUUUUUUUUUUCUUUUGAUCUAAGAUAACAACAAACCACCACCACGAUAACCUACGCCAGCAAUAAAAAGGAAGAGGAAAUGUCCAACCCAAACCUGUACGGCCACCCGCCGCGCAAAAAGUCCUCGACCGCCCAGAACGCCGCCCCCUCCUCCUCAACGCUCGCCUUCACCACCACCUUAUCCAACCUCAUCGCCGCCCGAGACUCGGGAUCCACAUCGACGACAACGACGACGACGACGACGACCGGCCGCCCCCGCCCCUCCAAACACAAAGACGCAUCGGAUGGCCUCUUCGCCCGCCCGAACCGCGGGGCGCAGAAGCGCGCGGCGCAGGAUCUUGUGGACGACCGCGAUGCGACGACCUCCUCCGGGGGUGCGGCUGCGCAGGUACACCAGCUAAGUCGCGAUCUCGGCGGUCGAGUGGACGAGGCGGUGCUGCUGCGGUCGAAGCGGCGGAUGCAGGAGAAGGCGCGGGUGUAUGAGGAUUUGAAGCGGGGUUUGUAUCUUGGUGGUAGUGAUUCUGAGGAUCAGGAUGAUCGGGAAGGGGAAGGGGAAGGGGAGAGGUAUUUGAGGACGUUGAGGCGGAGGGAGAGGGAGGGGUUGGUGGAUUUUGAUCGCAAGUGGGCGGAUACGCGCUCAAAUCUUGAUGGGGACGAUGACGACGAGGAGGGUGAGGGUGAGGGUGAGGAUGGGGGUGGCAGGGACGAUGCGUCGAUUGUCUCCUAUGAGGAUGAAUUGGGGCGGACGAGGCGCGGGACUAGGGCGGAGGCGGCGGAGGCGGCGAGAGUGAAGAGGCAGCAGCAGGAGGAUGGGGAAGGGGAUGGAGCCCGUCAUGAGGCCGGGGAAAGGUGGCGGCCGCGUCGGCCGGAGAAUCUGAUCUAUGGGGAGACCGUGCAGAGCGAGGCGUUUAACCCGGAUGCCAACAUCGCGGCGCACAUGGCGUACCUGGCCAAACGCCGGGAUCGCUCGGUGACCCCGCCGGAGGAGACGCAUUACGAUGCCGAGGCCGAGGUCAGGAACCGCGGGACCGGGUUCUAUGCCUUCGCUAGGGAUGAGGAGACGAGGCGGCGGCAGAUGGAGGAGCUGCGGGUCGCGAGGGAGGAGACGCAGAGGGAGCGGGAAGAGAAGCAGCAGCGGCGCGCGAGGAGGGAAGAGGCCAGGAACGAGAGGCGCGUCAAGGUCGAGGAGUUGAGGUCCAAGAGGCGCGCGGAGAUGUUCCUGGCAGGGUUGGGCGACGUCGGCGUGGUAUGAACUGAAUGACUACCACGAAAGUGAGAGUUCGUGCUGGCGUUGCGUGUUUGUUACUCUAGAGAUACCCA